AAUAACGGAUAUAUACAAGCGGGAUAAAGCGAAACGGUUUCUGGAUUUAGAUUUGAUUUGGAGAGUAACGCUGUAAAGCUGCAACAAUCGCAGAUCGACAGGCAGCUGUUGCAGUGAUUCAGUAUCAUGGAGGCAUGCAGCGGGACUGUAGCAGCGACAAACGGCAUAGCUUCAGCACCCCUGACAGACACAUGCAGCUAUGAUCCCUGUGAAGGGCCCCACCCAGAGGAGGAUGAGGGGGAUGAUGACAGGAGCUUGCAGCCAGCACAGACUGCAGGCUGGGAAGACGCCAUUGCUGUUAUGGAACAGGGAGCAUCGGUGGUCACUGAUCUGCCUGCAGAGUCUUCUCUGUGUUCAUGCACCAGCACAGCCAGUAUGAAGGUCAAAAACAUCAAAAAACUGUCCUUUACCAAAGGCCAUUUUCCCAGGCUUGCAGAAUGUGCUCACUUCCACUAUGAGAAUGUUGACUUUGGCUCUGUUCAGCUGUCUUUUGCUGAGGAUCAGAACGACCUCAUACACAAUGGCCUGGACACAAAGGAGUGUGUGUAUCUGGUGCAGAUAUCAUGCCAGGGUCGUAUGUGGACAGUGAGGCGUUCAUAUGAAGAGUUCCGUGUCCUGGACAAACACCUUCACCUUUGUAUCUAUGACAGAAGGUUCUCUCAGCUUCCUGAACUUCCUCGAAUAGACAACCUCAAAGACAAAGCCGAGACACUUUCCCAGAUGCUAACGGCAUACAUUUCCCGUCUGUCAGCCGUCGCUGAUAACAAGAUCAACUGUGGGCCAGCACUCACGUGGAUGGAGAUCGACAACAAAGGGAACCACCUGCUGGUUCAUGAUGAAUCAUCCAUCAAUGUUCCUGCUGUAGCUGCAGCCCAUGUCAUUAAGCGCUACAUUGCCCAAGCAGCAGAUGAACUUUCUUUUGAGGUUGGAGACAUAGUAUCAGUGAUCGAUAUGCCUCCUAAAGAAGACACUGGCUGGUGGAGGGGUAAACAUGGAUUUCAGGUUGGAUUUUUUCCUUCUGAAUGUGUGGAACUAAUUAGUGAAAAAAUCCCCUCAAAUGUGACCAACUCAUUGGCCAAGCCAGUGUCUAAGAAGCACGGCAAGCUGAUCACAUUUCUGCGCACGUUCAUGAAAUCACGUCCCACCAAACAGAAGCUGAAACAGCGAGGGAUCCUGAAAGAAAGGGUGUUCGGCUGUGACCUUGGAGAACAUUUGCUUAACUCAGGCCAUGAUGUCCCACAGGUCAUCCGAAGCUGCACCGAGUUCAUCGAGAGGCAUGGAGUAGUGGAUGGAAUUUACCGCUUAUCUGGGAUUUCCUCCAACAUCCAGAGACUGCGGCAUGAGUUUGACUCAGAGCACGUUCCAGAUCUCACUAAGGACAUGUACGUUCAGGACAUUCAUUCAGUGGGAUCAUUGUGCAAGCUCUAUUUUCGAGAGCUGCCCAACCCACUGCUGACCUAUCAGCUCUAUGAGAAAUUCUCAGAUGCUGUAUCAGCAGCCACUGAAGAGGAGAGACUGGUCAAAGUCCAUGACGUCAUUCAGCAGCUGCCACCACCACACUACAGAACUCUUGAGUUUCUCAUGAGACAUUUAUCCCGUAUGGGAACGUAUAGUUCUGUCACCAAUAUGCAUUGCAAAAACAUCGCAAUUGUCUGGGCUCCAAAUCUCCUCAGAUCCAAACAAAUAGAGUCAGCAUGCUUCAGUGGCACCUCUGCGUUCAAGGAAGUGCGAGUGCAGUCAGUUGUUGUGGAGUUCAUCCUUAAUCAUGCUGACGUUCUGUUCAGUCCCAAACUUAGCACUCUGAUCCGCCACAGCACAGGUCACACUACUUUAGCUCGGCCCAAGACUUUGCUGGUGAGCUCUCCUUCUACCAAGCUGCUCUCUCUGGAGGAAGCGCAGGCCCGGACACAAGCCCAGCUCAGCUCUCCUGUGUCCCCUGAUAGCAAGUACAUUGAUGUGGGAGAAGGGCCGGCCGCCCUGCAGGGAAAGUUCCACACAGUCAUAGACUUUCCUUCUGAGAGGAAGAAGGGCUCAACCAAGGCAAAGAAGUCACCAGUGGGAAACUGGUUUUCAUUCUUCAAUAUGGGAAAGUCUUCUGCCAAGCCCAAGCUACACCGCCAUCCUAGCGAGCCCAAUGAGAUGAAGAACACGCCCCUACCAGGUGGUAGAGGAGACACUGGAACACUACGAUCUGCUAAAAGCGAAGAAUCUCUGUCCUCUUCGCAUAACUUUGAGGGUGGAUCCAAUAUCUAUCGUCCACGUAGACCACUCUCCAUCAGUGAUGCUUUGUCAAUCUCAUUCAAUGAGGAGCUGCUGGACAGCAAAGCAACUGGAGACUCCCGGUCCAGUCUCAAGGACCACAAGAAGGACACUGUUGCUUCCUCCUCUUGGGUGCCAGCUCUUAUAUCUCCACCCCACCCAGCUGCGGACACUGAGUUUAUAAGCAUGGCCUCCUUAGACAUUGAUCCACUUGCCUUUAAGUGCAGCACACAGCCAAUUGAUCCUACUGUAUCUGAUGAUAAGAAAAAAGGCAGUCACAAGAAGGCAGGAGGCAGUCUUGCCGAGUCAGACCUUUCAGACAAAGUCACUAGCCCCUCCCUUCCACCUGAUCUUAUCCCAGUGUGCUUGGAAGAUGCCAAUCACAAGCCCUCCGAAGCGCCAGCUGCCACAUCUAAACUGGACAUGGAGACAUUCAAGACUGGCCCAGAGGGGACCACAAGGAGCUUGGUGGCAAAGAGUGUGACUGUGUCCUGUCCUUCUGACAUUACAUCUCUAAUGAAAAAGUCCAGUGUGUCUACAAAAGGUGGUGAAGUCCAUCAGAGAUCCGCUAGCUUUCGCAAAGCAGAAAGUAAACCCGCAGAUGCCAAAGGGCAUAGAAGAGCUGAGUCAGGUGCUGUGAUGUUUGAAUGCACGCCUGGUUUGGUGAGGUCUGUUUCUCUUAUAACUCCCCAGCCUGCGGUGAAGAGCGCUGCACGUAUGCUAGCUCUGGCACUAGCUGAGACGGCCCAGCAGGCCACUCGACUUAGCAAGCGUGGAAGCUCGGAACCCCCCACACCAAUUUCUCCAGUUCACCAACAGAACCCACUCUUUACACUUCAGUUUCCACCUCGGCAGAUGUCCUCUGAUCGAGAGGAACAGUAUGCCUCCAAUAGGAUUUUUCCAGAUCCAUCCAGCACCAUGUCUACCGAUGCAGGCAGCCUCCGUAGCACCUGUGCCUGCCAUGGCAGUGAAAGUGGACUCAGUUUCUCAGAUGGUUGCGAGGCACCAGCUGGAAGGCACUGCUCUCAUGUGUCCUCUCAGGGUUUGUCUCCUUGCAGAGAUCCAGGGGUACAGCUGGCUCAAGAGAGCCACACAAUGGUAAAAGACAACAUCCGCCAUGUUGGAGUUGGUACAGAUGGAGGUUGUCCAAGCCAAGAUCCUGAGAUCGAAUUGUAUGGAAGUUUACAGCCAUCUCUUUCAGAGAGAAUCUCAAUGAAAACUUCCUUAGGCUCUGAUCAGUCAGCCAUCGCUGCCCUACACAACAAACAGGCUGCCAAUGCCACCAACUUCAGAGCCAUUUUGGCAGAGACAGCCAUGCCUGCUUCAGUGCAUGAAGUUCUUCCACCAAGUACUCCACCACGUGUAGUUUGUCACAACAAAUCCAAAGACCAAAGGUCUGCUUACUCCCAACACUGGUCAAGCCCAAUUGGGCAAAGCACCCCUUAUUAUCAACCUGAAGAUGGGCGAUCCCAGCCUAGAGUUCUCUCCAGAAACUACUGCAAUACCCUUGCUCCACGAUCUUUGCAUCAGUCUAUUAAAUAUAAAGGUCAAAGGGAAGAGUAUUCAUCAGUUGGUCUCUGUAGACAUGGAGGACAAAGGUAUCCACCACUGGAUGGUGCCUCAGUGUACCCUACUAUCCGCAGGGUACGUUCCAUGCAUGCUCCACCCGAGGACACAUUUUUCUUCCUUCAGCGUCAAGGGAACAAGCCUUACCACAAACCACCUCCAUCAGACAUCCAGCAAGUGCGACCUUACUUUGAGGAUGGCAAGGUUCGGUAUAGGUACAGCCCCUACUCUGAGGCUCGAUACAGUAAAGUAGAUCAACAAAGAGAUGGAUACACUCUCUCCUACACUCUUCGCAAACUGCCUUCUCGUCCAUCAAAGGUAAUGGGCGGCACUGAAAACUACCAGAAGCCUCUACACAAUCUGCCGCUGAACAACAAGUCUGAGUUUAUUACCCAAGAUGUUGGUCACCAGCCAAAAACCCUGAAGAACCCUUCUCUCUAUGAGGCUUUUAAUUCUGGUUUGUCUGAUCGUCAUUUCAGCCAGUCCAUUAGACGAGAAAAUUCAGUCAAAGAUAGGCCAUUGGGUCCAGUUGUGCCCCAGUCCCGUCUUGCGAGAGGCGAUCGUCAAUGCCAAGACACAAUGCACACAAGGAGCAGGUCAAACUCUGGAAAGGAGAUGUUGAUCUCGACUGAAGGGGCUGAUGGAAAGUACAGGGUUACCAUGGUGUCUCAUUACUCCCCAGAGCACCCACUCUCUGAGCCCGAUAUCCCUGUGGCCUCUCAGUCAGACAGGCAUGGUAGUAGGAAGGGAGCCAAAUCGGAUUUUAUAAUGAAGCAGAGUCGCUCCAUGCACGACUAUCCUCAAGCACUGCCAUGCAACUUGACCCUACAUAAGGAGUAUAGCUGCCCUGACUUUAAACACACCGGAUCCAGGGAUGGAUUUGGUGUUGGACACACCAGUCAGGACAGGCUGAUGCAUAAGACUCUCAGCAACUACUUUAAAGAGGACUACCAGUACAUUCGGCCAGUGAGCAGGGACUCGCAGAGGUCUAAGAGAUCGCAGAGUGUUAAAACACGGCAUGCACCUGGUCAAGCUAAAAUAACUCUAGAGCGGGACAACAGACUGUCAUUCAGUUCCCAAAGUAGAACCAGACCUCGUAGCAUGUUUGUGCCAUAUCGCUCAGACUAUUUGGACAGCUAUGUUUCUGUACAGCCAAAAGUCCCUAAGACCAGUCGAGCAGGAUCUGGCGUUUUCCCAAACUAUGGCUGCAUGGCUCCUCAUAGUAACAGACUGUAUUCCUCUGCUGGGGGUCAUGCAGGUUUUCACCGGACAGAUCUCAGGCCAGAAAUGCAGAUAUAUGCUGAAUGACAGAUCUGUAAUAAAAAUAACCUAAAAUAAAGGAAAUAAUAAAGAAAAUAUGACCACUGCAGAGCAGUGGUUUUAUAUUGUUAAUAAGAUGAAAAUAUUAUUUAAAGUUUAAAAAGGCUUGAAUAGUUCACUGAGGGGGAUUCCAUCACUGUAUGCACUGCAUACUAUAUACUGUAUAUUAGAGCUCAAGUCGUUUAAGCAAACAAAAAUUUGAGGAAAUCACUCAUAGAUAAUGAUAACGGGUAAUUGUGGAUUUUUUGCUACUUCCAUUUGUUUAAGUGUUAUGUGUUAGUUUUGCCAUUUUGUUACUAGGUUUGAAAAUAAUCUAAAUAUGAUAUUAAAUUUAUAUAGAAGAGAAAAAUUUACAAUGGCUUUCAAAAUAUGCUAUACUGCCUUGUGUUUUUUGGGUGAAGAGUGUAGUGAUGUAUUAUCAUCACUGUGUAAUCUAAACACAGUUUUACAUGUCAAUGACAUCAGCAUAAAUGAUUUGACUUCUAAAGAGAAUAAAUAUGAAAGGUCAUAAAAGGGGGCUAUGAUGCCAUCCCCCCUGUUUUGCUCUCUGCUUUUUAUUAUAAUGCACUUUAAAGUUGGUCUGUGUUUUUAUGUAAUAACAGGUACUUUAGACAUUAUAAUUUUUUAAAACAUUUUUUUGCAUCAUUUUCCAUUAUGUGCAAAAUAAAGUCAAGAGGAAAAUUUACUCAAAUGAAAACUCGGUCAUAAUUUAUUUACAUUAUGUCAUUCCAAACCCAUAUGACUUACUUAUGUGGAACACAAAUAAUAUUCAUUAGUAAUUUUAAUGAAUAUUCUGGUCCAUUUUUUCAGUGCAAUGACAAUUAAUAGGUACUCACUUUAAAGCUUAAUAAAGGACCCAAAAGUAUCAUUAGAGUAGUCCAUGCAACACAGGGGUGAGUAAAUUAUGAAAAUGUAAAUUUUUUGGUGGACUGUUCUGGGUGAAAAUGUGUGGCCUGUGAAACCGGCUGACUAAUAUAUUAGUAGGUUCCAGCAGGUUCAUACUGUAUAUAGCUCAGGCCCGAAUCUAGAACGGGUACUUUAGGAGGGCAAUUGGGGUGGUUUCCGCGAUACAAUUUGACUGUUUGCUUCACUCGCGCAAGAUGUGAAUGACUUUCUUUCUUCUGCUGAACACAAGCAAAGAUUUUUAGAAGAAUAUCUCAGCUCUGUAGGUCCAUACAAUGCAAGUGAAUGGGUACCAAAACCACUCCAGUGGUUAAAUCCAUUAGAAGCGAUAUGAUAGUUUUGUGUGAGAAACAAAUCUAUAUUUAAGUCCUUUUUUAGUAUAAAUCUCCACUUUCACAUUCUUCUUUUGUUUUUCGUUUUUGUUUUUCAUGCAUAUCACCACCUUCUGGGCAGGGAGGAGAAUUUAUUGUAUAAAAAUACUUAAAUAUUGAUCUGUUUCUCAACCACACCUAUCAUAUCGCUUCUGAAGACAUGGAUUUAACAACUGGAGUUGUAUAGAUUACUUUAUGCUGCCUUUAUGUGCUUUUUGGAGCUUCAAAGUUUUGGUCACCAUUCACUUGCAUUGUGAGGACCAAAAGAGCUGAGAUAUUCUUCUAAAUAUCUUAGUUUGUAUUCAGCAGAACAAAGAAAGUCAAACAUCUGGGCUGGCAUGAGGGUGAAUAAAUGAUGAGAACAUUUUUAUUUGUGGGUGAACUAUACCUUUUAAUGGUUGCAAAUGGAAAAAACUGCUUUUCUGAUCAACUGCUGUUAUAGUAAUGCUAGUGUGAUUCCUAACAUGUAUGCUGUUCUCUAUUC